GUUUACAUUUUCGGGUUGACUUCUACGUGAAUAGUUUUUAUAUUUUAAUUCAGUACGCGUUGAUCGUUCGGAUUAAGACGUUCUGCGUGGUCCUCGUCGGUAUUGAAAUAAACUUUACUUUGCUAUCAGCUAGUAUAAUUGGUGAUGCAUGCAUACCGGUGCUGUAGUGUUUAUUGUUCAUAAAGCAUGAUUGUGCCGCAGAAAAGUGUGUCGUGAACGUGUAGUGAAGCGUUGGAAUAUACUCAACACAGAGCAUAAAUAUAAACACAGAGUGACAUAACAGUUAUCUCCACAAUCAACAUCAUCAUCAUCAUCAUCGACCGGACUGGUAAGAACAGCUGCAUCUGCUUGGCGAAGGGUACAGAUACCCAAUACUACUGGCCUCGUCGCGGUUUGCGUAAAGUUUAAACGAAAGUGAGAGUCAGGUUGGAUACUGACUACCUGUACAGGAAAUCGGUACGAAGGAAAAAAAAGGAAAAUGUUCCUGCGCCGAUCUUACCUCGCAGUGCUAAUCAUAUUCGGAUACCUGCUAAUCAUAGACGGUCGCGAGGAAAAUGUGCGGACCAAACGUGGCCGUAAGCCCCGCGUUUCGGUGCUGCCUACCCGGGUCGAUGCGGAACCGAGCCAAAAUCUGGACAACGGAGAAUCCGCAGGAGAUGACUCGCCGGUAAUACCACCCGGAUUCCUGAGCCCCUCGGUGCAAGAGUAUCUCGAGCUGGGAAAGUCGAUUCCUGGCCGCCCCGGAACAGACUAUCCUAUUUUGGCUGCUGUACCAUACACUAACUUCUACUGUGAUGAGCAGGACUAUCCAGGCUUCUUUGCGGACAUGGAAACCAGGUGCCAAGGUUGGCACUAUUGCGACAUCGACGGCCGGCAGGCGACGUUCCUGUGCCCCAACGGAACCCAGUUCUCGCAGGCCGUCUUCGUGUGCGACUGGUGGUUCAAUGUCCGGUGCGAUCUGUCCCCGCGGCUGUACGCCAUCAAUGCCCGGCUCUACCAGCGUCCGAAGGUGAACCCGACCCGGAAGCAUCGGGUUAUAACGAAACAGCUAGUUGAGGACAUUUUCAACAAAUGAGCCAUUUUAUUCGAAAUGUGUUUUUGUACUGGAAAGAACGCUACGUGGGGUGCUAUUCCACCAGCAUCCGCCGAGCGAGCGAGUGAUCAAAAGAAGUUUGAAUGAGGAGCAGAGUGCAGCUUGGGUGUGUGUGAUUUUCAAGUAGGGUUUAUUCCGUACCCAAACUCGACCGGUCUCACGGCUGGAUCCGGUAGAAGGGCUUUCGUGAUACUGCCGGGUACAACAGAGCAAGCAUUUCACAAAAUUGUUUUAUAUUAAAUAUUUUAAGUCCUGUCACGAUGAGAGACACGGCAGGUAUGAAUGUGUACAAAGCCAACUUUCAAGAGCCGAAUCGCGGCUGUACGCGAAAGUAAAGUUAGUUCUUCUUUCGACCUUUCCCAUUCAGAAAAUCUAACUGCAAUCGUUCAGAACAAUGGUAGGUUGGUUCAACGGGUGAUUUUUUUUCGUUAUAAAUUGCCAUUUUAAAACAUUACUAGAUGUAUUAUGAGCAGAAUUACAGUUAGAAUAAACAAGAAACUUCAGGAUAAAUGUUGAUUGUAGCGUAAAAUUAUGAACCAAUCUAUUGCUCUAGCAAUAGAUGUAUAGUUAAGUCUGUGAAGCGACGAAAGGCAAGCACAGAAUUUGAAUUUAAAUUAAAUAAAAGCAAACACAAAAAUGUUCAUACACACCCCACCAUAACCGUCGCACCCCCUCACCAGGGCCUCCCAUGAGUAUCAGUGUAAGGCCAAACUGUAAAUGAAACUAAUUUUCAAGCGACUGCGAUAUUUCUAGCACUACGAAACGAAACGAGGACCUGGAUAAAGGCUCGCGUACGGCGCGAAAAAACCUUUCUUAGAGUUUAUUUAAGAAGUUUUUUUUCUGUAUCUGGCUCAAAUGACACAGGAACACCAGCGUUGCUCCACAUCACACUAUACAAAUGUAAAUAAACAGUGUUUGCCAACUCGUAAUUUUCAUCUGAAGCAACUUCGAGUGCGCAAAUGUGUAAUUUAUUUUCAUAUAUUCUUCCUUGUUCUACAUUAGUUUUAAGUAAAGUUUUCCAAUGUCGAAGAUCAAGUGUUGACGAAUACUCACAGAGCUAUUAGAAGUUUUCCAAUUAGCUUGUAUGACUAUAAUUUGGAGUUUUUGCGAAUAUGAGGCGUUGUUGCAGGGUAGCGUAACUGUGAAGGUGAGCAUUUUUGUAAAGU